AUGGCAGCCAUGCUCCGGGCAAGGCUGGGCACAGGCUGCCCUUCCUGCUGGCUGCGGGGCUGGCAUCUGUCCCCGGGGCUGCCAGGAGCGCGGUUGGCCCAUGCCACGGCUGCAGACCGGCUGCAACGGGAGUACGAUGCGGUGGUGAUCGGGGCAGGGCACAACGGGCUGGUGGCAGCUGCCUACCUGCAGCGGGCAGGGGUGCGCACGGCUGUGCUGGAGAAACGCCACGUGCUGGGCGGCGCGGCCGUCACGGAGGAGAUUGUGCCAGGCUUCAAGUUCUCCCGGGCAUCAUACCUGCUCAGCUUGCUGCGGCCGCAGAUAUAUACUGAGCUGGAGCUGCAGAGGCACGGCCUAAGGGUGCUCCCGCGGGACCCCUACUCCUUUACCCCGCUGCUGGAGGACAGGAGCCCCCCCCGCUCCCUCCUGCUGGGGCAUGACAUGGCCAAGACACAGCAGCAGAUUGCUCAGUUCUCCCAGAAGGAUGCCCAGGCUUACCCUGAGUAUGAGGCGUUCAUGGGGGGCUUGGUGUCAGCCCUCGAUCCGCUGCUGGAUGCCCCCCCAGUGGACACAGCUGCCCUGGGGCAGGGGUCCCUGCUCCAGCGACUCAGGGCCCUAAAAGCCCUGCGACCCCUGAUGCAGGCAGGGCUGGUGUUGGGGCGGCAGCUGCCCCGUUACUAUGAGGUGCUCACAGCCCCCAUCUCCAAGAUCCUGGAUCAGUGGUUUGAGUCAGAGCCCCUCAAGGCAACUCUGGCUACUGACGCAGUCAUUGGAGCCAUGGCCAGCCCCCACAGCCCCGGCAGCGGGUACGUGCUGUUGCACCACGUGAUGGGCGAGCUGGAGGGACAGAAGGGGGCCUGGGGCUACGUGGCUGGUGGGAUGGGGGCUCUGUCCCAAGCCAUCGCCGGCGCAGCGGCUGCCCGGGGAGCCCACAUCUUUACUGAGAAGGCGGUGUGCCACGUGCUGCUGGGCAGGGACGGGCGGGCGCAGGGCGUUGCGCUGCAGGACGGGACGGAGGUGAAGAGCAAACUGGUGCUGUCCAACGCCUCCCCCCAAAUCACCUUCCUGGAGCUCACCCCCCAGGAAGACUUGCCAAAGGAUUUUGUCCAGCGUAUCCAACAGGUUGACACACGCUCUCCCGUCACCAAGAUCAAUGUGGCUGUGGACCGGCUACCCAGCUUCCUGGCUGCUCCCAACGCCCGCGACGGCCGGCCCCUGCCCCACCACCAGUGCUCCAUCCAUCUCAACUGCGAGGGCACCCACCUCCUGCACCAGGCCUUCACUGAGGCCACCCAUGGGCACCCCUCCAGCAGAAGAGCCUGCACCAGCACACCUCGGCCCAUGAUUGAGCUCUGCAUCCCCUCGGUGCUGGACCCGGGACUGGCCCCACAGGGCUGCCACGUCGUGUCCCUCUUCACUCAGUACACCCCCUCCGUGCUGGCAGGCGGGCGGCCCUGGGACGAGCAGGCCAGAAAUGCAUACGCGGACACGGUGUUUGACUGCAUCGAAGCCUAUGCCCCGGGGUUCAAGUCAUCCAUCAUCGGCAGGGACAUCCUGACGCCACCAGACCUGGAGAAGAUCUUCGGGCUGCCCGGUGGGAACAUCUUCCAUGGGGCGAUGUCCCUGGACCAGCUGUACUUUGCCCGGCCAGCACCAUCCUACUCGGGUUACCGGUCCCCAGUUCCUGGCUUGUAUCUGUGUGGAAGCGGAGCCCACCCUGGAGGAGGAGUGAUGGGAGCAGCGGGACGCAACGCCGCCCAGGUGGCCCUCGAGGACUUCAGGCGCCUGUGA